AUGGUGAAUUCUUUACGUGGAGUUGCGAAAUGGAUUCUACGGAACACCAUCGAAUCCAGGCAAAGUCUGACACCUGAACUUGCACUUCGCCUGAUCACAGAGGCGAGUCCUUUGUGGAAAGCAGGACCAGAGAAUGUGCCCCUUCGUCGAUCCAUACUGGGCUUUUUAUUGGCCAGGCGGCCAAGCAGUCACCAGGUAGACGACACCGAACCACAGUAUAUUCUUGACAAUUCUCAGUUGUUUUUGGGUGCAAACGUUCUAGAUUUUGGAUGUGGCUGCGGUUCCGCCAGCAUAGCGGCAUCCAAAGCAGGAGCCACAGUGAUAGCCAACGAUAUUGAU